AUGAUACCCAGACUCUAAAAAAUCAGAUUUAGGAAAGAAGAACAAGAGAGGAUGGAAGAUUAGGAGAUAGAAUUAGAUGCUCUAAAUAAAGUUGAGAAGUAAUUGGAAAUGCUAGAUAAUAAUUCGUAAAAAUAAAUUAAUUAUAUUUUUAGAGUGUGGAAAUCUAAACCUUUAAGAAUCAUUUAGAAAAUAACAAUUUUUAUUACUAGGCUUAAACAUAAUUCAACUACUUAUAGAUUUAAAUUAUUAAAGAAAAACAUCUUUCUAUUAAUCAGAGACAAGGCUGCUUCAUUUCAAUAUUAUCUUUAUAAUUAUAUGUUAUUCCAGAAACCAUCACGAGUAAUAAAUUCUAAUAACCUAGUGGAUACAAAUAAAAUAUGAAGCUCAUGCUACUAAUCCAUUAUGGUGGCGUUUUUGGUGUUUUAUUAAAAGUGAUGAAACAGUUCUAUUACCUGCAGAUAAAUUCCUUUUUGUUUGGGAUCUUUUGAUGAUGUUGGUAACAAUUGCAAAUAUCUUCUAUGUUCCUUUGUAGCUGUCAUUUAAUCUAAAUGAAGACAAUAUGGGUAGUGUCUUUACUCUUUUUAGUACAUUACCAAGUUGUAUUUUUUUAAUUGAUCUUAUUCUAACAUUUUUUAAAGGAUAUUAUGAUAGAGGAAUAUUGUAAAGGAAUAAAGCAAAAAUCUUUUGGCAUUACAUUAAAGGUGACUUUACAUUAGAUUUAGCUAUUGUAUUGCCCUUUAUUUUAUCAUGGAUGGGAUAUUCAGCUGCAAAUUAUUUGAUGUUGAUUAGAAUGACAAGAGUCAGAAGAACAAUGAUAGUAAUUGAAGAGAUAUCAAAUUUCAAAGAGAAGAGUGCUAUAAUUUAUUAACUAUUUUGUCUAAUAUAUUCACUACUAUUGAUUUCUCAUUUUUGUGCUUGUCUAUUCCAUUACUUUGCUCUUUAUGAAGUAGACUAAGGUUAUACUCACACUUGGUUACAUCAAUAGAAUAUAUUUGAUGAAGAUUUGUACACUAAAUAUUUCAACUCACUCUAUUGGAUUACUAUCACAUCAAUGACUGUUGGGUAUGGAGAUAUAGUUCCAGUUACAACUCCUGAAAAAAUAUUAGUAACAAUAAUUACUUUCUUGGUAACAGGUGUUUUUGGUUAUGCAUUAGGAAUGAUUUAAAGUAUUUUUUAUAAAAUGGCAGAAUAAACUAAUAUAAACAAUUCGAGAUUGAGAUUAGUGAGUAAUCAUAUUAAAUAGAGAGGAUUGAAUACUUAAUUGCAAUUUAGAGUUAGAAAAUAUAUAGAAUAUUAUUUAUAAUUUAAAUAGGAUGAAGAAUUAGAUUUAGAUGAAUUAAUGGGAUAACUCAAUCCUAAACUUAAAUAGGAAGUAUAAAUUGCAAUGUAUUAUCGUUAUCUAAAACAUUCUAAAUUAUUUGGAACUAACUUCUCUGAUGAUCUAAUCAAAAAGUUAUGUUUCUGCAUUCAUGAAAAGACAUUUGCUCCUGAAGAAGUAAUAAUUAAGUAAUAAUUAUAUUUUAUGAAUUUAGAAAAGAUGAAUUGCCAAAUUAAUUAUACAUUGUAUUAGCAGGAUAAGUUAAAUCUCUUAUAUUGGAAAAAUCUAUUAAAAGAUAUUAAUAAGGUAAUUUACUAUGUGAAAGAGAAUUCUUUUAUCAAGAUGUAAUGCAAUAUAAUAUUGUUGCAUCUUCUUUUGUUUAAGUAGCUUACUUGAAUCUCUCUGAAUUUUAAUCUAUAAUACAAAAUCAUAGAGCUAGUUUUGAACAAUAUCGGUAUGCCAUAGAUAAUACUGUUUUUGGUCAAAAUACAAACUUAAUUAUAUGUGAGGCUUGUCAAUCUCAUCAUUAAUUUAAAAAUUGCCCACUUGUUUUCUUUAAAAAAAAUAAUAGCAAAGUUUUAGCUGCUUAUCAUAGUAAUGAUUUAUAAAGUAGAUAAACAUUUUCUAGAAAAAAAUCUAAAUACAAAUAAUAAAGAACUGGUAUUAUUAAUGGAGCUUAUGAUCAUAUAAUUAAGAUGAGAACAUAAUUAGGAGUAUAAGUUGAUUAAGCAUUCUUGAAUAAAAUUGGAUAUCCAGGUUAUGAACAACUACAAUAACAAUAAGAACUGAGUGAUGAUGAAGAUGAUAAAUACUAAUCACCUUAGGCAAGAAGACAAAGUUUCUCAUAAUUUAAUGAACAUUAACAUUCACUCUCUCAAAAGAGUCUUCCUAAAGAUGAAAAGUAUAAUGACUUUGAUAUUGAUAAAGUUUAAGAAUAUGAAUUCUAUUAUCCGCAUAACAACAUUACAAAAAUUAGUAAGAUUGUAAAUAAAUAAUAAUUAUUACGGAGAAUUCUAGAUAAAAUAUCAAAUAAAAAGAAUUUAUUCGCUGGCCUUGUGUUUAGAUAAGUUGUAUAAAAAAUUAUAUGA